AUGGGUGGAUGUGCUGGUAAGAAUAAGUCUAAAAAGUCCAAUUCUAAUGAACUUAAAUUGGAUUCAAACAAAGAGCCAGAUUCAAAAGCAAAAGAUACGAAUUCCCGAUCUAAUGUUUCAUCGUCGCAGUCGAAGACUUUAACAUCGUCGAAUGGUGUGAUAGUAAAUAAUGAUAAUAACAAAACUAAUCCAAAUACGGGAAAAAGUGGUAUCGAUCGGGAUGUUCAAAUUGCAAUAGACGAACAAAAUGGAAUUAGCAAUGCAUUACGUCAACCAGUUUCUAAUCGCGUUGUACCAGUGACAGAUGCUGAACUUGAAAUUGAACUAGCUAGACUUGUGUAUGGCAAUCCAGAAAAAGAUUACGCAGAGAAUGCAUCUAUUGUUCCUGUUUUCAAAAGUACAGAAGUUUAA